UUUGUCUUCAGGUACGGCGAGAAGCAACGUCGCGCUGAUAGUCAAGAAUUAAGCGGAAUACAAUUGCUUUCUGCAACAGCUUAUCAGCUGAAGAAACCGUACCAGCAACUACUGAUACCGAUUACAGUAUGGAUCGGUAUGGAGCAGGCAUUCAUUGGCGCAGACUUCACUCAGGCGUACAUUUCUUGCGCGCUAGGAGUGCACAAAGUCGGCUACGUCAUGAUCUGCUUCGGAGUCGUAAACGCGGCAUGUUCGCUGCUUUUUGGCUCAGCAAUGAAGUUUGUCGGAAGACAACCCCUCAUGGCCCUUGGAGCCCUUGUACAUGCCGCUCUGGUUGGGGUACUUCUUGUUUGGAGGCCACAUCCAGAUAACCCUUACGUCUUUUACACGGUUUCCGGUCUCUGGGGGGUUGGCGACGCUGUCUGGCAGACGCAAGUCAAUGGUUUGUACGGAACGCUGUUCAGGCGUAACAAGGAGGCGGCCUUCUCGAACUACAGGCUGUGGGAAAGCGCGGGCUUUGUUGUGGCGUACGCUUACAGCACGCACUUGUGCGCACGCAUGAAGCUGUACGUGAUGCUGAUCGUGCUGAUUAUCGGUUCAAUUGGCUACGUCAUAGUUGAGCUUCUACACCGGCGCAAGCAGAAGAGGCUCAAAGCCAUAGCCGAGGAUCCGAAAGCGGCCCAAGUGGAGGCCAACCAACCGGAAGAAACGGACGACGAGAAGGACGACAUCGACGACGACAUCAUCAUCACCCAUCUGUGAAUACGGACCUCUGUCCGACCGCCGUGGUCGAAUUUCGCCCCGUUGCCGUAGGGGCGCGCUGCGGUCGAAGGUAGCGUCCGAAAAUGGCCGCCCGAUCGACUCUAUCGCGUAUUCGAGUGGUUUGCCUUUGGUACUAGCGAAACGGCUGUUAAGAUUCUCCCUCGGAUACGUGCAUCGUUCUCGCAGCCAUCUUCAGGGUAACGUGCCUCCUCGACCCCACCUGGAUCACCGAACCACGCAAGAAAGUCCCUUGACACGCAGGGAUAAGUGAUCCGUGAUGCGAGUGCGGCUCGAAGGCCUGUCCGGUCGAGAAGGCACUGCGAUUAGUUCCGGGCACGGCGCGUGGGGCGCGGGCAUCGCUCACCGGCAGAGGUGCUCCACCUCGCAAGUUCGAUGCGACUUGUCCGACGAUCCGGCGCUUCGUUGGACAUCGCGUAGAGUCGAAUGGACACCGGGCUCGUGAUAGACGGUAAUCCAAUACACUGAAAUCGGAAUUUCAAAGCCGAAGUCGAAGUUGACGCUCGAUUUCGGACAGCGGCCCCGCCCGUGCGUCGCCAUCUUGGUCGCUGGCCGCCAUUGCGAGCCAGCGACGCUUCGCGAAGGGAUUAGCGAAUCUCGAAACAGUAUUCUUUAUAUUCAUCCCCCGAGACUAGGUUUUGUCGAGGAACGUGCAAUAUUUGUAGGUCGUCGACGACGCGUCGUUAUCCGUCCCCAGGAUACGGUAGUUCAACGGCCAUUAUUGUGGCUACUCAUAGGCUAGGGUCUUAUGCAAAUGGCCGCUAAAAGUAACCCGUGAACGCAGAGUACUGCGGGCUAGAUUUCGAAAUUACACGUAACGAUGCAGGACGUGCAUCGUUACGUGUAACUUUGGAAUUAGUAUUUCGAGAUCUACUAUCCGCUGGAUGACGCUAUCCGAAGUUAUAAAUAUUUAGAGCGCAAGAAUUAUGUUACUUAAAAGUGUAGAUCACAAUAGAUAUUACGUGUAAUUAUAGAAUUAGUACCAUAGAGACUUACAGACCGCUGAAUAUCUCCGUUUAAAAGUACUGAGCGGCCGGUCUGAAAAUUACAUGUAAUAUUACAUAGAGGAUGUUAAAUGUAGCUCAGAAGUUAAUUAUUUUUACUCAUGGACCACUGAAAGUCUGUUGGAAUUUGCGCAAUGUGCAGGGUUCAACAAUUAUAUGUAAUAUUUUAAAGGAGUGUAAAUUGUGGGAAAAUAGUAAUAUCACAUGUAAUUGUAGAAUCAACGCGUUCAACUGGUGAUGUUGCCCUGUACGAAACGUCAAUGCGAACUUGAUAUCUAAAUCGGAUGAAUUUAUAUGUUAACCAUUUUAUUGAAAUGAUAAAGAUAGGCUAAAUUUCUUUACUAUGUAAUUUUGUCAAUUUUGUUACUAGCGACGGCAACAAAGUUUGUAAAAUAUUCCUGCGGUGCUCGACUAAGGAUUAUGUAGCACAAGCACUAAUUGGUAUUUUCAGUGACCGUCUGGGUAAGAUCCUUAUAAAUUUACGUUCCCAUCUUACCGAUCGGACGAGUAUGCCGGAAACAUUAAUAAGAAUCCUCUGAGAAAUGUCCUGGAAGAUCCUACCGUUAAAAUACCGGCUUGUGCUUUGAGAGAAAAAGAUCUAAAAAAUAUGAGGAAGAAGUAAACAAAAAAAAGAUAGAGAGCUAAUGAAACGUGGUAAGGAGAGAUGCUAUCUCAGUGCGAAUCUCGAUAAGUAAGGAACCGAAUGUUUUACCGAACGAAAUAUGAAAAUGAUUUCUCUCGAUGGUGAAACCCGAGGGAAGGAAGUACGAUGUUUAUAUAUGAGAUUUAUCAAUUUGAGAGUAGUAUAAAAAGGUUGAAAUGUGAAAAAUGCUCUUGUGUUUCGUUGGCCUUUAUGUCGAAAGUGCAAAGAGUUAGCGCAAAAAAUGCGAGUCUCCGUUGAAAAUAACAUGGAUUAACAUUUUUCGCAUAUUCCGAAACGAAUGUGCAGUAAGUUAAUCACUUUCUACAAAACUCGCAAACGUUUCCACCUAUAUGCGAUACUCAUGUAGGAAUUUGCAGUGCCAAAUCUCUUACACCGAUACCACUAUCACUAUUAUUCAUAUGUCAGUGAUUACUGCUUGGGUGAUUAUGAGAAUUCCGCAGGGAUAAUGCGAGAUGUCUUAUACACGUGUAUCUCUACAGUAAAGGAGACAUGGAGAGAUGAGAAUCUCAUUUUAUAAAGAUAACGAAGCGAAAGUAUUGUUCGCGACAGUGAAUGACAAUUUUAAAGUCAACACCGAGCUACCAUAUUUCUUAUGAAAUGAUUUUUCACGACCCGAAGUGUGGCCUUAUUAUACUACUCUCAUCUCCGGACGUGCAGAGAAUAUGUUUAAACUCCUUGAUCUUUUGUUUUAUUUAAAUACCACGAUCUGAUCGCUUAACAUGAAUGUUUUAUUCGAAAUACCAAAUGGAAGCCCACUGGUCUGUUUAUAUUCAAUGGACAAGUAAUCCUAUAUGAUUAUAAUACUGUCAUUGUUGAUGUUACCUACGUAUUAAAAACCAUAUAAAAUGUAAUUUCUAUCUAGAAUGAUUACGUGUAAAUUAAAUUACUUACACUUAA